UCAAAACAUUGUACGGUCAAAGGUCAGAAAAUAUUACGUCCAAAUAAACACACGUACGAGGAUAAACCGAACUUGUGGACUUACAUUCAUUUUGUGAUAGUAAAGAUGUCGGGCAUUUAUUAUCCGGAUACAUUCACAAUUGUGCCACCUCAAAGUGGCUUUAAAAAGCCCGGACAGCUACCACCAGAACAGAUUCAACAAUAUUUUGACGAGGGUUACACUGUCGUGCGGGACUUCUUUACCCCCGAGGAGUUGCAGCCCUGCAGGGACGCCAUAGCUGACAUGGUGGACCAGCUGGCAAAGAAACUGCACGAGGCGGGAAAAAUCACGAAUUUGCACGACGAUGCGGGUCUGUUCCAGCGGCUGACGAAAAUCGAAGAGGAGUUUCCAGGGGCCAACAUCCUGCUCUUCAAACACCAGAAGAUACCCAAGGCGUUUCGCGAUUUGUGGUGCAGUGAGCGCCUGUUGAACUUGAUCGAGCAGCUGAUUGGUCCAGACAUCGCCGGCCACCCCGUGUGGAACAUGCGCACUAAGACGCCCAACAGCAUUGCGCUGGAUGUACCCUGGCACCAGGACUGUGGCUACUUCAGUGAGGAGUCAUACAACCACUUAAUCCCCACCGCCUGGGUUCCCUUCCUGGACACGGAUGAGACGAACGGAUGUCUCCAGAUGGCGCGGUACGGCCACAGACUGGGCAAGGUGGCCGCCCAUACGUGUUGCCAUAGCGACACGUGGUUUAUAGAUCUGGCGGAGGAGGAGAUGGAAAAGACGUUGGGGGUUGAUAUCAAGAACGAUCUAGUCACUGUACCAGUGCCGUAUGGCGGAUUUCUGCUGUUCAACAACAUGAUACCGCACAGAAGUCUGCCCAACCGCUCAAAUGACGUGCGCUGGAGUAUCGACCUCCGCUGGCAGUCCCCGCACGAGAACUAUGGGUUCUACGGUAUUGCGGAGGGAAUCUUGUUCCGGUCCAGCGAGCAGGAGCGCGUGGAGCCAGACUGGGAGAAGUUCUUGGCCGUGGACCGGAAGGAGGUGUGGCAAAAGAAGUACUUCAAACAGGUGAUUGAGACGGACCAGUUUGACACCACAGUUACUGGCCCUUGGAUCGGGCGCUGGCACGUGACCAACGAAAACAAGCACUCGCAGGCUUUCACGAAGUCAGUUAAUUAAGAGCGGGUUUGUGGUAGAAGAUGGCUGCAUUUAGGUGCUCACUCAGAGAUUUGACGGGUUCCUAUCAUUACUCUAAACUUAUACCAGCUGUGAUGAACAAUGUGAUGUUUAUCCAAUCUGUGAUGAACAAAGUGAUGAUGAUCGAUUAUAUUUUUAUUAUUCAUGGUUUAAAUUUUUAAUUGCGUGUCUUUUCCUGUUGUCAUUUUUGACAUCAAAUGAUAGAAAACUUAAUUACUGUAUGAAGACAUUUAGGUUGAUUUAAUGCUAAUUAAGAAAGCUACAAACAACUCAUCUUUCCCGUUCAGCAAGGAUUUUACUGAUUGCAGUUGUAAAUGGAUUUUCACAAUAUUUUUGUUCAUGAUGGACAUGCAUUUACGUAUUUGGAUAAUCAUAAAUGAUUAACACUAUUAUUUGGAUUCACAUUGUAUACAGAUGUACUUGUUAACAGUGUAAUGUAGAGUAUCUAUAUUAACACUUGUGCGGACCAUUUUAAAUAUUUAUGCCCCCCUUCGAAGAAGAGGGGGUAUAUUGCUUUGCUCAUGUCGGUCUGUCGGUCGGUCUGUCGGUCCGUCCACCAGGUGGUUGUCAGACAAUAACUCAAGAACGCUUGGGCCUAGGAUCAUGAAACUUCAUAGGUACAUUGAUCAUGACUCGCAGAUGACCCCUAUUGAUUUUGAGGUCACUAGGUCAAGGUCACGGUGACCUGAAAUAGUAAAAUGGUUUUUGAAUGAUAACUCAAGAACGCAUACGCCUAGGAUCAUGAAACUUCAUGGGUAGAUUGAUCAUGACUUGCAGAUGACCCCUAUUGAUUUUGAGGUCACUAGGUCAAAGGUCAAGGUGACCCGAAAUAGUAAAAUGGUUUCCGGAUGAUAACUCAAGAACGCAUACGCCAAGGAUCAUGAAACUUCAUGGGUAGAUUGAUCAUGACUCACAGAUGACCCCUAUUGAUUUUGAGGUCACUAGGUCAAAGGUCAAGGUCACAAUGACCCGAAAUAGUAAAAUGGUUUUCGGAUGAUAACUCAAGAACACAUACGCCUAGGAUCAUGAAACUUCAUAGGUAGAUUGAUCAUGACUUGCAGAUGACCCCUAUUGAUUUUGAGGUCACAAGGUCAAAGGUCAAGGUCACGGUGACCCGAUAUAGUAAAAUGAUUUUCGGAUGAUAACUCAAGAAUGCUUUUGCCUAGGAUCAGGACACUUCAUAGGUACAUUGAUCGUGACCUGCAGAUGGCCCCUAUUGAUUUUUAGGUCACUAGGUCAAAGUCACAGUGACAAAAAUCGUAUUCACACAAUGGCUGCCACUACAACGGACAGCCCAUAUGGGGGGCAUGCAUGUUUUACAAACAGCCCUUGUUUAUAUAUUAAAUAAUCUUCCUAUUUAGAAAUUAUCGUUUAUGUCAUAUUAAUUAUAACAUACACAAUUAAUUAAUUUUUGCAUUCUAGUUUAUUAUCGUUUCCAUGGAGUGUGCAAUAACAGUCGUUGUUUUCAACAAAGUACGAGUAUGUUAUGUCUUUGUUAUUAGAUCAAUAAAUAUCUGCAAUAAAAACUCUAAGAAAAAGUG